AUGAAAAGAUUCAACAAGUUCACUUGUCUUUUUGCCAUUUGCGCUUUUGAGCUUACAGUACUGAUACAUUGUAACUGGACUCGGUGCUCUUAUUUAGUAGAUACCGCUAUAGUAGACUGUUCUGGACUGAAUCUUGACAAAAUUGCGCAAACUGCACAACUGAAAGCAUCUACCUCCGAAUUUUAUCCAAGCACUAUUGGAGGUCAGGUAUACUUGUUGAAUUUGAGUGGGAACGCUUUCAGAUCAAUCAAUUCCAGUUCUUUUUCAUCAUUAAGACAUCCAGAAACCCUUGAAAUAUUGGAUAUAUCUCACAAUGCAGUCAUGUUCAUAUCUCCUGGUGCCUUCAAAACUUUAUCAAAUCUUAAAAUUCUCUUACUGAAUGACAACCAAUUACAUGCACUUGAUCGCCUAUCAUUUGUUGAGUUGGAAUCCUUAGAGGAGCUGGAUUUGGAUUCAAAUCCGCUCUCUUCGUUUCCGGAUGGGACUUUUGCAUCGCUUAGCAAACUUCGUAAAAUAAGUAUUAUGUCGAAUCAACUAUCAUGUGACUGUCAAAUAGUCGACUUGCUUCGCUUGAUUAAGGAUCAUCAAGUGCAAGUUUCAAAUCGGACGGUGUGCAUAUUUCCUCAUUCAUUGCGCGGAAUGCAAGUUGCAGGGUUGAAUGCGAAAGCAUUAAAAAGAAGUUGUGGGAAAGGCAACUUUAAUCCAGCUGUGUUCGAUUUGGAGCCUACUACACGUUCAAUAGUCGUGUAUCCGGGUGAUGAAAAGAACGUCACAUGUAAAGUAUCUAAAGCUAACGACGUGCGGAUGGAAUGGCUGAAAAAUAACGUUCCCUUGGUUGAUUCUUCACGUUUAUUCACCACGCAUUAUAAUGAUAGUGAAUUUCUAUAUCUGAAACUCUGUUUGAAUCCGGUAACAUGGGAAGACGAAGGUGAUUGGACCUGCUACGUGGAACAGGAUCGAUCGGCGUUAAGAAAUACAGUACGUAUGACACCAGUGUUAGUUAACACUGUUCACUGUGUACAGGAAUGGCAAGCAGAUGAAAAAGGUGAAAUAAUUUGGGCAGUUUCUAAGCAAGGAUUAGUUACGGCGAAAUGUCCCAACGGUCCAACAAAUGCGAAAGCAUAUCGGCGAUGUAAGCACGGUAAAUGGGAAACACCAGACACAAGUCGAUGUGCCUACACUUCUCCGCUAAUUAAAUAUUUCCUAACUCUGUUACAACAUAAACGAACGUCUCAGUAUAUGGACGAAUUACUUCGAAUAACGAGGCGGCCAUUCGAAAUGUCCGCCUAUGAAACUCGUCUUGUUGGUUGGCUGAUUGGUAAUGCAACAGGUUUAUCCAGUCGACAGAUGCUAGCUGCAUUGAAUUUUGUUUUACAGUCUGAAUUUGCUCGCACUGAGCUUAACGGUAAACUAAUGCGCCAGCACCUGCAACAUCUGCUCCUUGGUGAUAAAGUUAUCCAGGAAGAUAAUUUAGCAAUAUGUCAACAUUUGUUUGCUAAAGGUUAUGAUGGUACGCCGGCUGAAAUUAUGAAGGGUGGUUUCUUAACCUUACAUGAUGGUUCGAAAUUUUCAUGUCGUGAACAGCAGUUCGUUGAGCUACUACCGAAAACAGGUGGAGCAUCACUUCGCAUUCCUCGUCACACAAUUGAUCAUUUUCCAUCAUUAACCAUUGUUCGAGUAUUAUGGCUAUCCAAUUCAAAAAUUUUUGAAAGUAAACAUACCUCAGAUGGGAGAUGGACUGUCAUGAGUGAAGUAUAUGGUGUCGCCAUGAAACACAUUCCUAUCAGGUCUUCAAAAUCAAGCAAUAUUGUUGACGAGGCAGCAGAGGUCAGGAAGAAUGAUGAUUUUUAUGGAUUUUUAAUCAAUUAUCAAACAAAUAAGACAGCAAAUGAGAUUCAGUUGGGUGUAUGGGAUGAUGAAGAGGGAUGGAAACUAACCAAAGAAACAAAUUGUUUACUGCGAAAAGUGGAACCAAACAAUAUUCUGUUUACUUGUUCCCGAAUGUUUUUUAUCAAGAAUGUAGAUGAAAACAUCAAAUAUUUUGCAGCUAUGCAAAAUACGUCAUAUGAAGAACUAAUUAUCUCAGCAAGAAAACCAAUGAAAUUAACAUGGUAUAUAUGUGCAUCAUCCGGUUUUUUGGCUUCAAUAAUGCUUUUGACCGUUAUUAUCAACGUUGCGUCUAACUGUCGUUCACAAAGGAGUCAACAAGUGGUUGUUAAUAUGUGUACCUGUAUAUUUGUACAGUGCAUAUUACAUUCGUUUAUUCACAACGAAAUUUUUGAUCCGCACACAUGUCGAGCAGUCAUUAUCGUUCAAUAUUUCUUUUUUCUUGCUGUUUACUUCUGGAUUAUGCAAGCUUUUAGAUUGUUACAAGAGAAACUUAGAAGAAUAGUACGAGAUUACAGUCGAAGCAAAAGUGAUGAGAAAGUACACGCAGAAGUUGAAAAGGUAGCAUUAUAUGGAGCAAUUAUGGAAAUGUACUUCAUCGCUUACGGUAUUCCGCUGAUUGCCAUGUCAACUGUGUUGGCUACUGGUACCUUACCACACGACGGAUCACCAAAAUUCUACUUUCAUUCUUCAAAGAUGCAUAGUGAAGUAUUCGCGUAUGCCGUUUAUGCACCCCUGCUUAUUUGUUCCAUUCUUAUAAUGGCGAUUAUUGUUGUCAUCUUGCGUCUACUUAUUACAGCUAAGCGCAUAUCCGUUGAAUCUAUAUCUCAACAAUAUGUGGACAACAAAAGUUCUAAAGAAAACACACAAAUUAGAAAUGCGACUGCAUCUGCUGAAUUGAACAAAAUGGCAAACGCCGCAACUAUACAACUUUUGUGGUUACUAUUAAUAGCAGUACUGUAUUCAUCAGACUGCUAUGCGGCAACCUCUUAUAUCAACCAUUUAAAUGACCUGGAACCUUCCGCAACACCCAAGUCGUACUUCAAUGCGUUACUGAACAUAUUACUCGCUCUUGCCAUUUUUUACCUAUUUACAUUUGAAUGGAUACGUACGAUAACGCUUAAAGCUUGUGAUUCAAGCUGUUCUACAUGCGUUACAAAGCAGCUCAUAAGUUUACCAUACAGUUAUCAAGAACGUGUUAUGCCACCGGUACAACAGAUAGGGUCAAUCGCCGGAUGUUUUGUUGAAGGAGGAGAGUGGGUGUAA